CUAAGCCGAAUAGAUGUUGGCUGGCUAGGCUUCUACCUCUCUACUCACCCCACUCCUUCACUGGCCAUAUUUCUGGUGCACGGCUUCACAGAAGGCUUCCACACUGGCCUCAUUACCUUACCCCUCACCUCACACGAGUGCAAGAACCUCCAGUCAGCAGCCAUCGACACGCAAGCAAUCGACUCCUUACUACAGUCAGAAGUGGAUAAAGGCUUUGUUAUUGGCCCCUUCCCACAGUCUCCUUUCCCAGUCUGGAGAGUUAGCCCUAUUGGGCUUGUCAAGGGCAAGUUCACUAAUAAAGUCCGCUUGGUGUACGACUUGUCUGCGCCUCAUUGCUCCCACAUCCCCAGCCUGAACUCCCUAAUCCCCUCUGCACAGUUUUCCCUCAAGUACGCCUCAGUGGACCUGGCCAUCCAAACAAUCAUCUCAAUAGGCCCCGGAGCCUGGCUAUCCAAAGCGGAUAUAUCUGACGCAUUCAAGCUCCUUCCCAUUGAGCCGUCCCUCUGGCGCUGGCACGGCAUCAAAUGGAGAGAGGCCUACUACUUCGCCACCAAACUGACCUUUGGCUCAAAAAGUAGCCCAUGGCUCUUUAAUGUCUUUGCCCAGGCCCUCACAUGGAUACUGUCCCACCAGGCCCACUGUCACUCAGUCAUCCACUACCUUGAUGAUUUCCUGCUCAUUGAGCAACCAGGUACAUCCCCCACUGAUCUAGACAAAUUAAGGGUGGUCUUCAACAACCUAAAUGUGCCCCUAGCCGAGCACAAAGUAGAAGGACCAGCACAUUCCAUCACCUUCCUAGGUAUCAACCUAGACACACAAGCCAUGCAAGCGAGCCUGCCUCUUGACAAAUUAACUCGCAUCAGGGCUACUAUCCACGACUUCACUCAGUCGCAAGGAUGUACCAGGAGACAGUUACAGUCCUUACUAGGGAUGAUGAAUUUUGCUAUGAGGAUUAUCCCUCAAGGACGGUCCUUCAUAUCACGACUCUUAGUCUUUCUCACGCCAGCACAAGACCCAGACCGAAUCCUCAAGCUAGAUCAGGCAGCAGUAUCAGACUUGGCCAUGUGGGAUGAAUUCCUCACUAGCUGGAAUGGCAUCUCAAUGUUCAUCCCAGCUCUUUUAGACGAGUCUCCACAGGUGGUCACCGAUGCCGCAGCCUCCAGCGGCUUUGCGGCCAUAUUUGGCCGUCACUGGUUCGCCGAACCUUGGCCCCCAGAAAUCCUCCUAAUCCCAGGCUUCACCCAGUCGUCAUCUCUCUUCGAGCUUUACCCGGUCGUUGCAGCUGCCCAGCUCUGGGGCCACACGUGGACAAAUCAAACAGUGCUUUUUACCACGGACAACCAGGCCACAGCUGACAUAAUUAACAAGGGCAGAUCCCGAUCUCUCCAUAUUAUGUCCUUCCUGCGUAGGCUCGUGCAGCUGUCUCUCUGCCACCACUUUAAUUUUGUUUGUAGACAUAUUCCAGGCAAACUCAAUACCGCUGCUGAUGCACUGUCCCGUUUCAACCUCACCUUGUUUUUUCAGCAGGAGCCUGGAGCCGACCCAAUGUCCACCCCUGUCCCACCCUGGUCGUUGCUAACGAUGGAUUAAAAACUCACCUCGCCAACGCAACUCUACUCAUCAACCAGUCUUUGUCUCACAACACAUUGAAAUCCUAUGUCAUGGCUUGGAACACCUACUGCAAAUUUCUGGCCUCUUGCCCAGGAGCAGCAACAGGCGAUGUCCGACACAUUCUAGCCUUCGUGUCAUACUGCCAUACCCAGCUAGCCCUCGCUCAUAACACUAUAAAACUGUACCUAGCCGGCGUCCAGCACUUCCUAUCUUUAGAAGACCCCAGCAGACCGUCAGUGUUCACCGCCCAUGCCGUUAAGUCACUCUUGCGAGGCAUUCAGAAACUCAGACCAGUGACCAGUGGCAAACGCCUACCUAUCACCAGUGCCAUUUUCAGGGACAUGUCCGAGAUCCUCACCCGUUCCCCCUUCGGGGCACUGCCCAGCCUAGUCAUCCAGGCGGCCAUCUACUUGGCCUUUUAUGGUUUCCUACGACCCGGCGAAUUCACAGUCAGCGGCCCCAGCAGCCACACAC